AUGCCGCCUACACGCCUGAGGUCGCUGUCGACCUCGCCGGCGAAGAACACGCCGGAAAACUACCAGCUGGCCGCGCGGCAAAUCGAGCAGGAGAAGCAGAUGGUCGCGGCGCUCAAGAGGCUCCUGUUCGGCGCCUUGAUGAACCUCGACCCCGACAUCCCGGCCCUGGAUGCGUCACUCCUGUUUCUCGUGGACCGUCAGCUCGCGAGCGGGUCGCAGAACGGGCCACCCGGCGACACGCACCACGAGACACGGAGCGACACGCACCACGAGCCCCUCACGCCGAAUUCCACCGGCCUGCCGCCCCCGUCCCAAGACCGUCCCGCUGAUGGGGCCUCGCUGCCCGCGCUGGCACUCUCGCUGCGAGCCUCGUUGGACGGCCCGCUGCCCGAAGACACCCUGCGCUCAUCCAUGGACGACGAGCCACACUCGCAGGAGUUGCUCUGGGUGCCGGCCAGCGUGCAUCCCGAGGUGGACGCCCAGCAGUUCCAGACGCACGUGAAGACGACGCUUGGCGGGCUCUUGGAGCGCCGCUUGUCACGCCUGAAGUCCGUGGGCCGCCUGCGGCGCUCGUCGCUCUACUUCUCCACGACCGACGACGAGUUGCUCGGCGAGACGCAGCCGUCCGAUGGCACCGGCACAGUUGCUGACAGCCAGCAUAGCCAAAACAUCCAGACCAGCCAGCACAACGCGGCCGAAUCUGCCGACCCACGCGCGCGCAACCGCCUCAGCAACCCGUCCUUGAGUAGGUUGACCUCCGAGCUCCAGACCAUGUCGCGCUUGGCCGGCAUGGACUCCAGUGACGCCGUCACAUUGGCACGCUCGUUGUCCACGUCCUCAUUGGGCUACAGCGACGUCGAGCGCACAGCCAUCGACGACUUGGAGCUUGCCAGCAGCUUCCACGCGGACAUGAUUACCUCUCCUUACGCCGACCCCGGGGACCACCUCCAAGGCGACAAAAUGGGCGCCCCACAACCCAGGCACCCAGCGGCAGCCGGCGCGGCACGUUCCCAUCGCGGCGAGUCGCCGCAUCGCUUUUCCCAGCACGGGAACAGCGCGUUUGGGCCCACGCCGGGCCACGGGCUGCCGGAAGGCGGCAGUUUCUCGCUCCGCCGCACCCGCCGCGUGGGCUACCGCCGCGGCCCCGCCGCGGUCCCCCCGGGCUCGCUGCGCCAGAGCAACAAGGCAGGCAAAUUGGCACAGCUCCGCCACAAGAUCUCGACCCCCAGCUUGCAGCACUCAGCCUCGCAGGACCUGGCCAGAGACCGGUCCGCGGACCAGCACGUGGACUCAAACCUGCGUGCGAGCAUGCAGAGCAUCAAUCCCCGCAGCUCGCAAGUGCUAUUCAGUUACAAGGUGCCCGUCCAGCAGGCCUCCUCCGGGCACUCCAAGAGCGUGCCCUCGAGGCCGGUACUGGCUCAACUGACAACAGCUCCGUUGAUCGGGCUCUCGCCCAAAGACUCGCCAUAUCUGAGCGCCAUGACUUCCGACGCGCUCGGCCGCAACCUUCACCCGACCAAGUAUGCCCAGCACAACUUGACGUCCAAGUCUUUGGGCCACCAGGCAGCCGUGACACUGCCAAUGCAAAUCGAUGGUAGUAAGUCUCCCCGCCUCGGACAUCGCAGCAGCUCGCGUGAGCACGAGCAGAAGGCCCAGUAUAAAUUGGUGGCCGGCUCUCCGCAACCUGGGCCCCGGAAGUCUCACGCGUCGCACGCUGGCAUCCGACAAGCCUCCCCAACGUUGUCCCUGGCUCCGGUUCUGUCUACUAGGAUUUCUUCCCGGGAGAGCCCCGUUGAAGCCCAGGGCCACUGGGCUGACCAAAAAGGCAUGAUGCGGAACGGCUCUUCAGUCAGCUUACCAGCGGGCUCGCCGACUUACCAAAUAUCGCCCACAACUUUUGGUGGUGAGACAUUUGAGACAUUCAACUCCCGGUCUAUAAGUAAACGCGACAAAACCCGUGAGCUCAACCAGAAUUUGGAUUUAUUGCGGAACGAAAUCAACGAGUUUAAGGAGAGCUUGGCAACGAAGAUCGACCCUAAGAAGCCGAAGCAAGAGUUUCCCAGUACAAAGGACAACAAACCAAGAGCGGAGCAGACUGAUUUCAGCUUCGAUCUUACCCACCAAGAUGUCAGUUUCGAGGAUAGCUUGGCAAUUGAAGGCGAUGUUCUUGCAGAAUUGGCUUCUUCCGAGGAGUUGCCCCGAGAGACAGCCGGCGUGGAGUCAGUUCAAAAUUUGACUGUCUUUGAUGAGCCAAAACAAGAUGAGAUAGUGUCCGUCCCGGAAAGUGCCGACAUGAAAGCGUCGCCAUUCAGAGAUGCUGUGACACAUGAAACAUCCCUUCCAGUGGAAAUUUCCCUACUUGAAAGACAAGAGAAGGCAAAUGACAAAUCAGUUGAGCCCCAGGCCGGCGGAGAUUGGGAGACAAAUAUCUCCAUUGUGAGGAAUCCGCACUAUGAUCAAUCUGUUGAAGUGGUCCAGCUUAAUGACGAACCACAGUCCAUUGAUACUAAUAGGUCUAAUGGAGAGAUUCAAACUACUGAGGAAAUUUCUUUUGGCGAGGGUAUUCUUUACGAAGAAAAAAGGCAGUCAUUCGAGAAGUUCAAGCAAAAAGCUUCAAGUGAGUCCACAAGUAGUCAGAGGAACAGCCAAGAGAAAGGUCUUCUGAAACAUGAGAACUUACACACCAAACACCUUGGGUCCAAGCAGGAUAAUCAUCAUGAACCGCUCAUACAAAACCCAAAUGAUUUAGCGUCACUCGGCGAGGUGACAAGGCAAAGUACCAUAGAAAGUUGGCAAAGUUCCGAAAAAGAAAACAAGAAUGCUUCUUUGGACCUGUCUAUGAAAAAAACAAGAGCUUCUCCUAAAAAGAAAAUUAAAAAGAAUUGGCCGUGGUCGAAAGAAAAGACCGCCAGUUUGAAAAUACAAAAAAGCGCCUCGAGGGACAUGCACAAUCCCCCAGUGAGAUCAGUGUCUUCCCCCGAGAUAUUGAGCUCAAACAAAAGCCUGUCUGCUAAGGAAGAAAUCUCAGGAAAAGAAAAUGCGAUCGCCAAGUUUUUUAAAAAGAGAAGAAGUAGUUCUGCCUCUCAUGAAAAGCUGAGCUCUGACGUACAUCUGACAGAGAGCGCUGACUACCCAGCAAGGGAGCCACUGAACCAAUCGGAUCCAAAAGCGGGAAGCAAGCGAAACUCGAGAAGUAGCGAGAGAAGAGAAUCAGCAGAGGAUGUGUCUCGUGUCUUCGGCAACAAGGAGCUCAAGCGGGAGAACCUGGAUGAAGAUGGAAAGCUAACGGACGAUAAUAGAGUCACAUCUCGGAUCAAAAACCGCAUCAAGAAUAUGAAGAAGAUACACGAGGAGAAGGAAGUAAAGCCGGAAGAGCCUGCCAUUCCAGAAGAGGAGAACACUGAAGACGACGAUAAACCCAAGUCAACGGUUGAAGUGCAAGAGAAACUCAAGAAGUAUAUCAAAAGAUACUCGAGGCCAAAUCAGCCACUCGAGUUCACUGACUCGGCUUUUGGAUUUCCAUUACCUCCGCCAUCCAGCUCGACAUUGGUGAUGAUUGACUACAGAUUCCCAGUUCAUGUAGAGCGUGCAAUUUACAGAUUAUCACACUUGAAGCUCGCGAACCCUAAAAGGUCGCUAAGAGAACAAGUGAUAUUAUCAAACUUCAUGUACGCAUACUUGAACUUGGUGGACCACACCUUACACCUUGAGCAGCAAAUGACGCUGGAAGAUUGUGACAUGGAGCAGCCUGAGGGCGAUCUUGAUUUUUUGGGAGAUCAGGACAUUGAUACAGAGUUUGAAGCUGAUGACGGAUUCGAGGAAAGUGAUUUUGAUUCCAUCAAAAUAGACUUGGACGUCAAAGAUACCCAAAUCAGCGUCUGA